AUGAGCGCGCCAUCAUCCUUCACUAGCAGAGAGGCCCUUUCGGAGCGACGAUUGCAGGACCCCUCGAAGCCUGCUCCGCAACGUAAGAAGAGAGUCAUCGUUACUGGCGGAUCUGGAAAACUAGGUCGAUAUAUGGUUAGAGAGAUGGUAGAGCAUGGCUGGGAAGUUUGGAAUCUCGAUGUCAGUCCGCCAGCACCUGAAGAGGCCAAAGUUGCCAAGUUUGUUCAUGUCGAUUUGACAGAUUAUGGACAAGUCAUCGCUGCUCUUUCUGAUCUUGACUCGGGAUAUAAAGGUGUAGACGCUGUGAUUCAUCUUGCGGCCAUCCCAUCUCCUUCUCGAGCACCAAACCAUGUCAUCUUCCAUACCAAUAUCCGACAGACCUACAACAUCAUGGAAGCUGCCCGUGUACUCAACAUCACCAAUCUCGCAAUCGCCUCUUCAGAGACAGUCUUCGGUAUCCCCUUCUACCCUCACAUACCGGAAAGGCUACCUAUCCGCGAAGAUGCCGAGAGACCAGAAUCAAGUUAUUCUCUCGCCAAAUUGCUAGGUGAAAAGAUGGGAGAACAGUACACCCGAUGGAAUCCUGAAGCCAAAAUCAUUAGUAUCAGAUUGAGUAACGUCAUGAUACCCGAGCAGUAUCUCGAUUUUGAGAACUGGCAAAAUGACCCAUGGACCCGGGCCUGGAACGGCUUCUGCUAUAUUGAUGCAAGAGAUUGCUCCCAAGCGUUCAGGCUUGCUAUCGAGUCUUCGCUCAAGGGUGCUCACGUUUUCAACAUUGCAAAUGCUGACAACGCAUUCCGAGUGCCGACUGCUGAGCUUAUGAAGAAAGUUUUCCCUGACACCAAGUGGGAACCUGAAACCGAUAACCCAAGAGAAGGAGGUAUCAGCAUCAAAAAGGCUCGAGAGAUGCUUGGGUACGACCCCAAGUACGACUGGCAAUCGGAGUACGAAAGGUUGACAAAGAAGUAA